AUGUCCAACCCCAAAGAUUUCAAGUUCACCUUGAAAGCCAUUAUAAACAAGCAAAAGACUAAAGUUCUUUAUGUGGAGGCAGAUAGCGAUUUCGUAGAUGUUUUGUUGAGCUUCCUGACUUUGCCAUUGGGGACUAUCGUCCGAGUCUUGAACAAACACUAUGGUGAUGAGGCCCCUAUUGUAGGAAGCUUAACCACUUUGUACAACGGCUUAAUCAAUUUGGACAAUGGCUUUUUCUCGUCAGAGGACUGUAAGAACCUGCUGCUCAACCCGAUUAGGUCAUCUGAGGUUGAAUGUCGUCGGCUGAAAAUCAACGUUGACGACACGCCGCCCACAAGGUACUUCAAAUGUGGAGACAUAAAUUGUAGUUUUAUUAAAUUUCGGAAUGUAAGCAUGUACUUCAGCGGAUUGAAAUGUGAUUGCGGGAAACCGUUGGACAAUAAAAUUUUCAUGAGUGGUGUGGAUGAUAGUAGCGGCGGUGUGUAUAUUGCAAGUAAAGCAUCCUUAAUCAUAACAGAUGAUCUUCAAGUAUUGCCUAGUGUGAUUAGUUCUGCAAUGCAAAUUAUCCGUAACUUAGGCAUGACGGAUACAAUAAUGGAUUUGCUGAAGGUGUCAUUAGUCUCCCGGGAACCAUUAACGGAACUUAUUCUCGAUAAAAACCCGAUGAACCAUGCUGCGAUGAAUUGCGUGAUAGGUGUCCUACCAGUUGAUCUGAUCAAGAAACAACAGAUGGAACCUUUCAAUGAUAUGAAAAUGACCGUGAAAGCCAUUGUAUCAGCUAAUAAGCUAUUAUUUGCUGAAGUUGAUGCUAGUUUUGUGGAUUUCCUAUUUAGCCUGUUGGCUCUCCCCUUGGGAAGGGUUGAGUGUCUACUGCACUGUGAUACUUGUCUUAUAAACAUAGAUAAUUUGUACAAAAGCAUAGAGAAUGAGAGCGCUGGAAAGUAUUUGAAGAACCAAUUGGAAGACAAACCCCAGCUACUCAAGCCAAAGUUACCAUUCUGUUACUGCUCGAGAAACUACUUUAUCUCACGGACUGACACACAAUGCCCUUCUUUGUAUUUUCAUGAAGAUAUAGGCUGUCUGUCACCUUUGCCGUUGGUGAACUCAUCAGGUGACUAUGGCGAUUGGGUGAACGUUUAUAAGUUUCCGGAAAACCAAAGGGCCUGCUCUACUAACACCCAUCAGAAGUCUCAUUUCCUAGCAUGGCAGGAAAAUUAUGUUAAACGACAAACUAUGUUUAUGGUGACCGACGAUUUGACUGCGACUCCCUUGUCUUCCACCUCUGGCCUUUCGAUUCUCAAUAGCCUCAAAAUCCCAUUAUCCGAAGUUGAGGAACUCGAGUUGGUUGUUGGUUUGGAAGAGGCUCUGAGUAUACUGAAAGCGUCUCUGACUUCGUCUCACGCCUUAACCGAUGGCCUCAUCACUCCUUUUUUAAUGAAACAACCGAAGCAAGAGGGAUGA